CCUCAGAAUAGCAACUUUGAAGCGAGGGCACGGGGGCGGGCCUUGCGGCUUAUUACGCACGCGCAUUCUCUUCUCACUGAGUGGCGAGCGCCGUACACUUUCUCUCUUGCUCCAAGAACCCCCUUAGCAACGGUCACCGUUGAGACGGAGGAAGACGCCCCCAGCGGAUUGGCUGCACCGGGCCUCUCUGCAGCGUGGAUUGGCUUGAAGCGUCGAUAGAGGUCCAGGCCUUGGCAGCCUCUGCCGGAGAAUCGGCUGUCCCAGAACCGAGGCAGGACAGAACCUGUGGUGCCCCGCGGCACAGAGGAGCGACAAGAUGAUCCGCCGGAAGUCCAGCCAAUUCCAGGGACUGAAAAUGCAAUCGGAGCUUGAACAGCACUACGAACUGCGGAGAGAACCCAAGAAAGACCUCAGGUCAUUGGAUGAAUCGGCCACGCGGAUGGGAACAGGUGUGCAUACCGAGUCGGGGACCGUGGCUUCGGUGAAUGCGGAUGAAGAUCCUGCAGCCGACUUGUUCCCGCCGCCACUGCCCCAGCCCCGGAUCUGCAUAUGGAAGUACCUGGACAUCCAUUCCAUGCACAGGCUGGAGAAGACAGCCAACGUUGAGGAGAUGAGGGAGGUGCUGGCCGAGCUGUUGGGACUAGGCUCUCCUGCGCAGAGCCUGCGGGACGCCAUCACCCUGGACCUCUUCUCCCAUGCACUCAUCUUCUGCCGCCAACAAGGCUUCUCCCUGGAGCAGACAUCAACGGCUUGUGCCCUGCUCCAAGAUCUUCACAAGGCCUGUAUUGCAACCCCCUUGGGCAACGUGGAGGAAUGUUACCGCUACUUCACCAGUGUUCUUUUUUGCCACGGAAUCAAGCGGCCCCCCUUCAGUAUCAACCUCUUUAAGGAGGAACAGCUGCUGGCCCUGGCAGAUUAUGUGGUCAACACCUACUUCCGCCACUUCAAGCUCUACAAAUAUGUCUUCACACCCCAGGUACUGGGCCAUGGGCUACAAGAAGCCACCCCUCAUCUCCCCCCUUUCCCUCAGUGCAGACGUCUUCCUCCCUCUUCCCAGGUGCGGCUGGAUCUGUCUUUGACUUACAUGGGGCUACAGGCACCCAAGCUCUGGCCAAAGGAUGAGACGGGUAAGGGAGAAUGCCGGGGCGAGGGCUGGACUGGGCUGGGGCUGAAGCCUCCUCCUGCCUUCUGGCUUGCAGAGAAAGAAGAGGGCGAAGAGGUGGAGGAGCAGGCACUCACCCCAGAUGAGGAGGAACCAGAAACAGUGGUCCAGCCAGAGCCAGAGCCAAGCCAGGUCUCCAUCCUCCGGGCCUACAUCAAGACCCAGAUGAACAAGGAACUGGAGCAGCUCCAACAACUGGUGGAGGAACGGCUCAAGGCCAGUGAGGAAAGGCUCAGCAGCAAGCUGACCGCACUCGAGCGGCCCCUCCAGCUACCUCCAGGCAAAGGCAAGAACAAGACCUAGUGACCCCCACCCUCUUCCCCAAUAAAGAACUGGACCAAACUGG